AUGGUCCGCACACUGUAUGCCAUUGGCACUAUAUUUCUUCUGAUGGGAUUUCUGCUACCGGCAGCAGAAGGGAGGAAGAGGAAUCGUGGCUCUCAAGGUGCUAUCCCUCCUCCUGACAAAGAUCAGCCCAAUGAUUCAGAGCAAACGCAGACCCAGCAGCAGUCGGGCUCUAGGCAUCGAGAACGAGGAAAAGGCACUUCGAUGCCUGCUGAAGAGGUGCUGGAGUCCAGUCAGGAGGCGUUGCACAUCACUGAGCGCAAAUACCUAAAGAGGGAUUGGUGUAAAACUCAACCUCUCAAACAGACUAUCCACGAAGAGGGCUGCAACAGUCGUACCAUUAUCAACAGGUUCUGCUACGGCCAGUGCAAUUCCUUCUACAUCCCCAGGCAUGUUCGUAAAGAGGAAGGCUCCUUCCAAUCUUGUUCCUUCUGCAAGCCCAAGAAAUUCACCACCAUGACUGUUACACUCAAUUGCCCUGAGCUUCAGCCCCCCUUUGCCACAGGCACGCAGUUUGUUGAAAAAGAGAUGCAGAACUUUGCCAGCAAUAAUCCUCUUUUUAUAUCUUUUACCACAGACUCGCAUUUAAACCGAAUUUGGACUAAGUAA